AUGGCAAGGAGCCCGAGGGGCAUCGACUUUGUGGAGAAUCACCUCCAUGACCUGAUUAGGGAAGAAGAAUAUUUAAGUCAGUGGCUUUUGAAGAUUCAGUUAGGUCUUAAAGCGUCGCUUAGCCAAGUAGACGACACAGUUACCUUCCACCUGGAUGCCAAAGUCAAAAAACGUGUUGAUCAGGUGCGCCUUGCGUCCGAAAAUAUGGAAAGAAUAGCGUCCCUGCUGAAGGCCGAUCAGGAAUCUGUCUCGAAGAGGAAACUGCUCGAGCACCUUGAAAGAUUGGUGAGUUUACUUCUCUGUGUUCUAAACUCACAAUGGAAAGCUGUUUCAAAUUUGAACUUUAUUAUUAUUUAA